AUGGUGGUUAGUAAUCUAAUUCAAAAGGGAUCUGAAAUAUCAAAGACUGAAUCUAGUGAUACUAAGGAUCUUGAGCCUCCUCACAGUAAGAAUAUGAUGUCCUUUUUCAAUUCAAGUCCACAGAAUAAUUCUUCGAAAAAAAUAUUUGGUAUUUUCGAUAUUAUGAAAGGUUAUAAUGAAAAUACCAUAAAUAAUGAAUUGAAAACUAUAGGAUUGGAAAGAGCCUUAGAAUUUGAUAAAAAAAAAGGUAUAUUCCCAGAUACUGCUAAUGAUGAGAAAUCAAAUUUAAAGAACAAUGAUCAUACUUAUAAACAAUCAAAAGAAUUAAAUAAUGAGAAUAAAUUAGAGAGUGAUAUUGAAAACUUCGACGAAAGUAAACUAAGUAGAAAAGAAACUGUCGAACAGUCAACUCCGUUGGCUUCAUCGGCAACAUCCACCGCUACUUCAACAACUACAGUCACUGCUGCAGAAUCAGCCGCUGAUAUUGAAGACUAUAAUGAAAAACUAAAUGAAAUGAAUCAAUUAAUAAUAAAUACAGAGAUUUUGCAAAAAAAUUAUAAUGUGCUUGAAUUGACAAAUAAAGAAUUGACUUCAGACGUUAAAAGGUUGAGUGAUCUGAUAUCAGAAAGGGAAUUAGAAAAUUCAAGAUUAAACGAAAUAAUUUCAACAAAGGAUGGUGAUAUUAAAAGACUAAAUGAUAUCUUCAUAUCAAAAGAUCAAGAAAUUAGUAGAUUAAAUGACUCAUUUAGCUUGAAAGAGCAAGAAAUCAAAACAUUGAGUAAUGCAUUUACAUCGAAAGAUCAAGAAAUUAAAAGAUUAGAUGAUGCACUUAGAUUAAAAGAUCAGGAAAUUAAAAGAUUAGAUGAUAUCUUUCUAUCAAAAGAUCAGGAAAUUAAAAGAUUAAAUGAUACAUUUAUAUCCAAGAAUGAAGAGAUUAAACGAUUGAAUGAUUCACUGAGAUCGAAGGAUUCUGAUAUCCAAACUAUUAAUAUUCUGGUGGAUAACUUAAAAGAAUUCAAAUCAUUACAACAGGAGAAUGAUUCGAAUAACACUAAAAACUAUUCAAAUCUGAUAUCUGAAAUAAACUUGAAGUUUGAAAAAUUAAACGAAAAUAUAAAAUUAAAGGAUAUUGAGAUUAAUAAGUUAAAUGAGACAAUAAGCGAAUUAAAGAACAAAGAUUUACAAGGAAAAUAUGAUAAAGAUUUACUAAAUGAAAAACUAAGGUUACAAGUGGAACAAAAUAAUAAGGAUGAAGAUGACUUGAAAAUUUUAAACGGUAAAAUUAAGGAAUAUGAGGAAAUUAUAAACAAUUCUAAAUGUACUAUUUCUGAAUUGCAAGCCAAUUUUAACGAAGCAAAUAAUACUAUUAAAAACUUAAAUGCCAAACUCGAUUCAUUUGUCAAGAACUUAGAAGAAGCAAAUUCAGAACUAUCCAAUAAGGAUAAAGAAAUAAAUGAACUCACCUUAAAAAGCACACAACAGAAGUUAUCUAUUGAAACAUUUAAUGAGAAGUUGGUAACUAAUACCUCACAAAUUUCAGUAAUGUCAGAAAACUUGAAAGAGGAAAGAGAUAAGCUAAGUUCAUUAAAUGAUUUGUUGCAGACCUCAGAAGCCUCUGUUAAAUCAAAGGAAUUGAUGGUUAGUUCUCUGGAAUCAAAGUUAGUUAAUCUAAAUGAUUCAAUUAAAACAUUAGAUGACAAGAUAGUCACAAUGGAGGCAGAGAAUGCAGAGCUGAAGAAGGAUAAUGAAGAAAUGCUAGAAAAGGUGAAUAAAUUCAAGAAUUAUAUUCAAGAUUUCAAAUUAUUUGAUGUUCAAGUUGGUAAUUUAAUCAUGAAAAUGUUUUGGAACGCACAACACCCGAAGGAAAAAAGUGGCAGGUAUACCGAUGCUAAGUUCAUUAGGGAAAAUCUCAAAGAUUCUAACAUGCAAUCAAUUGUAGCCUUUAAAACUAAUGAAGAUGAAAGGAAUUUAGAGGAAUUGGAAGAUAAAGUUGAUUCUUUGACAUAUGAAAUCUCAAAGAUGCAGAAAGAUAUAGAAAAUAACUGGGAAGUUAAAUGUAGUCAGCUAACAACUGAAUUGGAAAAGGGCAGAAUUGAACUUAAAAAAGAAAUUGAAAAGACUAACGCCGUUGAAGCUAAACUUGAAGAUAUGAAAAAUGAUAAUUUACAACUAAUUAAAGAAAAGGAAAUUACUUUAGAAAAAAAUAUUGCAUUAAGUAAAGAAAUAGCAGAUCUUCAAAAUAAGAAUUUAGAGGAUAAUGAAUCAAAAUUCAGAAACUUAGUUGAAGAAUUAAAUAAAUCGGGAAAUGUCGUCAAUGAUUUAAAGCAAGAAUUAUGCGAGAAGUCUGAACAAAUUAUGGAGAUGAAGAAUAAAUUGUUCAAAAAAGAGAAAGACUUUGAUGAAUUGAAGAAUGAUUAUGAUAAACAAGUAGCUAGUAUCGAUAAUUUAACUAACUCGAUAAAGAAACUCGAAGGCAAUCGUUAUCAAAAGAUUACAUAUGAAAUAGCAAAGAAAUCAAGGCCAGAAAUGGACAGACACAUGUAUGAAUCAUUAAUGGUAGAUGAGGUUGAUACUAUUGAUAUGACACAACUCCAAAAUAUAAUAAAGAACUUAAUAUUAUUACUAGAAAUUCCAUUCUCAAAAUUGACCAAAAAAUUACCAUUAAUUGGAAUAUAUCUAAAAUACGAACGUCCAAUAUUAAUUCAUUUCGCAAAUCAAAUCCAUUAUCAAUUAUACAAUGAAGAAAUAGAUACAAAAUAUUUCACCAAUAAGGUUUACACUGAAUACAUAGAAUCAUAUGAUUUAAAUGGAUUAAAACAUCCAUUAGAAAUCUGUUUGGAUUCUCUAUAUCAAAGGAUUAGUACUAAACUUUAA